UUAGUAAGGGGGUAAUAAGGAAAAAUUCCAAGAAAAGGAAAGAAGAAUCACCAACCUAAAAGAGGAGGAAGACACAGAAAGCCAACGAGAAGGCGAGAGAAAAAGGCCAUUCCGAGGGCCAGCUCCAGCCCCAUCUCUCCCGAUUUUAGGAGGUUAGGAACUCUCAUCACCAGUGCUAGAUAGGAGGUGGUCAUGGAGAAUGAAGUUGAGAAUGGUGACCUGCUAGACCUUAAUUGUCAGCUUAGUCAGACAAGCAUAAACUGGAAGCAAGAGUUAGAGCGCCAUCAAUCUCAAGUUGAAACAUUACAAGAAAGAUUUAUGGAGGUAAAGACUAGCAUCCAAUGUUCUGAGAAUGACUCAAAGGAAGAGUUGGCACUUCUUUGGCGUAGGGUUAACACGACGUCUACAUUACUGACUUACUUGAAAUCAAAAGCUAGAAUUAUGGCUGUUCCACAUUUGGCCCAUACUUCAUGUGGGAUAAAGCAUCAAGAAGGGGUGGGGUAUGUUGACAGAAAUGGCAUCCCAAUAUCUGAUUGGUCUAAAGAUUUUGACCUCUCUUCAUUUGAAAGUUUGGAUGAUGAAACACUGCUGAGAGGUGAUCGGAAGAGUCAAUCUUUUGAUUCCAAUGAUGGAUCAUAUAUUGGUGAAAUCCUAACUUCUGCUCGAAUGGUGACUGAUGUUAUGGAGUCUCUUGUGAAACGGGCCAUUAUGGCAGAAACUGAAGCUGCUUUUGAGAAAGAGAAAGUUAAUUUAGGUAUGGAGGAAAUAAAAAAGAAGACCCGCCAAAUUGAGAGUAUGUCAGCCAAGGUUGAAGAGAUGGAGAAGUUUGCUUUGGGCACAAAUGGUAUUUUGAAUGAGAUGAGGCAAAAAGUUGAAGAUAUGGUACAAGAAACAUCCAGACAAAGACAGAGAGCUGCAGAAAAUGAACAGGAGCUGUGUCGUGUUAAGCAGGAUUUUGAAGCAUUGAGAUCUUAUGUUAGCAGUCUCAUCAGUGUCAGGGAAACUCUUAUUUCCUCAGAGAAACAAUUCCAAUCACUGGAGAAGCUUUUUGACAAAUUAAUCACCAAGACUACUCACUUGGAGAAUGAGAAGGCUCAAAAGGAGGCUGAAGUGCAGAAGCUUAUGGAGGAAAAUGUUAGACUUUAUGCUCUACUUGAUCAGAAAGAAGCACAAUUGCUUGCCAUGAAUGAGCAAUGCAAAUUCAUGGCCUUGAGCAACCAUGGGAUUUAGUUCACAACUACCCAUUAGCAUUGCUACUCAAGUCUUGAAUGAAGAAAGCAGGAAACUAAAGAGAGGACCACAUUGGCAAGUAGAAACAUGGUCAGUAAAACUGUGAGGUUUUUCUUUUAUUUUUGUAUUGAAACUUGUCCUGUGUUUCUCAUUCAUGACCUCGACAUUUAUUGGCUUCUCUCUCUGAUUGAUUGAGCAUAUGAAAUGACAUUAAUUCUUGUCAACUAGCUACCAGAGUGUAUUUUUCACUUCAAGCUGUAUAGUAACUUCUGUGUUCUUGAUCUGGCAAUAAUCAGAUGGAACUUGUUUCUA